CCAACCCAAAAGGCCACCGGCAACCAUCUUCUUUCUCCUUCUCCUUCUACAAUCGUCGGUUCCUUUCUUUUGAUCUCACCAUCUCCGACUCCCUUCCACAUCAAAGUCCUUGGUUGCAAUCAAUCGGGGAGCCAUCACCCACACUCACCUUCUUGAACCACUACCGCAGUCCAACAUCACCUACGCCUGGCGAGUGAACAGCAGAACAGGAGCAAAUGAAGCCAGAUCUAUUGGUUGGUGACAGAGGUGUUAUUCACGCGAUGACGCUGAGAAGAAGCUUCCUGAGAACUCCCAGUUUGACUGCAGAUCUGAUCAGUUUCUGUUCAGAUCAUUCUUUCAGCUAAAAGGGGAUUCGAUAUGGGCUAUUUUUUUUGCAUAUCAAGACCCAAAAUCACAUUUCAAAAGUCCGGGAUAUGUAGAUCCAAAUGGGUAGUUCCAACGAGUAUUGGCCUGUUGAGUGUGGGAGCGCGGUGGCUGUGUGGUGCUAGUAGUUUUGUCUUGAUGGUUGAAUCCAACGUGAAGGCUCUGAUGGCAGCACCGGGAAAGCAAUUAUCUUUGACAGCAGAGGAAGAUGUUGGGCUUGAUUUGGAUGAUGGAAACUGUCAUGAACCUAAGGAAGGAACCUCAAAGUGGUGCAUUGUCGGUCCAGUCUUGACCCGGAAGCGCUAUAAUAUGGAAGCGAUGGAGUCCACACUGGCUGGGGUUUGGCGACCGGUAAAGGGUAUGCAUAUGAGAAUCCUGGGUUACAACCACUUUGCUCUUUAUUUUUUUCAUCCAGUAGACAUGAAUCGUGUGAUGGUAGCGGGUCCUUGGUGCUUUGCCAAUCACGUCAUGGUCCUGAAAGAGGCUCAGGGGGGGACACUAGUGUCCAAGGAUGAACUUUUUGAGGUCCCUUUCUGGAUCCAAAUUCAUGGCAUACCUCCAAGUCGGAUAACUAAAGCAACAGGCAGAAGAAUUGGUGUCGAGCUUGGGCAUCUCCUUGAGGUUGAUAUAGGGAACGGUCAUGUAUGGGGUUUGGAUUUUAUUCGUGUGAGAGUCCUCAUUGACUCAAGGAAGCCUUUGCGUCGAGGCAUGAAGCUUUCUCUAAAAGGUGAUAUGCUCUGGGUUUCUUUUUGUUAUGAACGCCUUUCGCAUUUUUGCUAUUGUUGUGGCAUGCUGGACCACGUUGAACGGGAAUGUGAGCUGGGUCUAGAAAUGGAACGUAUAGGAGUAAUAGAGCGUCCUUAUGAUGACAAGCUCUGGGCGGUACCAAAGUGUGAGAGACAAGAGGCUAUUGUGAAUAAUGGGAGAUGGCUACGUGAUGCCACCGGAAACCCCAUCGGCGAGGACUCACGGGGGAGACGUCUAGCUUCCAAAAUGGCAAGAUGGCCUGUUUUGGAAUCUCGCGGUUGUCAUGACGCGGAAGCUGGCAUAAAUGACCGUGAUUACCGGGGAAAUAAGGAGAUUCUAGCUGAACAAAUCAGGGGCAAUAAAAUGGGCAGUAAUAGCCUAAAUAUGCACAGUAAGUUGGAUGAAUGCCCAGUCGGUUUGGAACUCAAAGCGGAUUUGAUGGAGAGACAACAUAUUUUGGGGGAUUUGCAGCAAAUCAUAAGCACACACAACGAAGUUUCUAAUUUGGGAAAUCCAUAUGGACAGCUUCAGGGGCAAGAUGCCCUUUUACUGCAACACUCCAAAACAAGUGGGCCAAGGACUUUCAUUGAUGUAGAAGGCAAACAGAACCAUUCCCACCAAGAGCCCAACUUGACUAUUAAGGCCCAAGAAUCAACCUCAAUCUUCAUGUUCUCUUCAGCCCAAAGUGACAACCCAUCAAAGACUAGAUCUUGGAAGAGGGAAGCUAGGGAACGGCGCCACCAGAGCCCACAUCCAUCACCUUCUUCAGGGCAAAUUAAAAGGAAGGAAGAGCAAUUCCAAACCAUUGUGGCUGAGCAACUCGAAGGUCUAAAGCGGGUAAAGGGCACUAAUGAUGUAGGGGACGCUGUAAUCUUAUCGGCGGUUCGAUGCCUCAUCGAAUUGGUGGGGUUAAAGCAACCUGUAGUAGUGUUCUUAUUGGACAAAGUAGGGCGCAGUGGUGGUUUAGCUGUGCUUUGGAAACCUGACACCAAAUUAUCACUACUCUCUUUCUCUCAGAAUCACGUUGAUAUGGAGGUGGAAGGCAUGGGAGUUGGCACUUGGCGUUUCACAGGCUACUAUGGCCACCCUGAGAGACAUAAUCGGAGGCGUUCAUGGCAACUUUUAAGAGAAUUAGCCACUAAAUCUGAUCUACCAUGGUUGAUCGGGGGAGACUUCAAUGAUCUUUUACACUCAGAUGAGAAGUUAGGUGCCCUCGGGUCACUGAAGCUGAUAAUGCUUUCCUGCUCCAAAUGUCAUGGAAACAGAGAUCAAGAAGGCCUUGCAUCAAAUGCAUCCUUCAAAGCCCCCGGGCUUGAUGGGCUUUCACCAGGUUUUUUCCAACGUUUUUGGGAUGUGGUGAAGGAAGAUGUUGUACAGCCAUGUCUAGAGUUCUUAAACCAUAGAGGUGUGCUUCCGUCGGAGCUGAAUUUCAUCCAUAUUGUGCUCAUCCCAAAGUGUAAUGAACCCAGAACUAUGGCUGACUUGCGGCCAAUUAGCCUUUGUAAUGUCAUUUACAGGAUUAUAGCAAAGGUCAUAGCCAACAGACUUAAGAUGGUAUUGCAGAGAGUAAUUUCCCAAGAACAAAGUGCUUUCACCCAUAUUGUGCUCAUCCCAAAGAAGGUGAGGAAGCAGGGUUGGCAGGCUGUUAAGUUGGAUAUGAGCAAGGCUUUUGAUCGGGUUGAAUGGCCAUACUUAGAGCAAGCUAUGCGAGCUGUUGGUUUUGUUGAAGGUUGGAUCAGGCUAAUCAUGAGCUGUGUCUCAUCAGUCAAAUAUGAGGUUCUGUUAAAUGGUAGAGAAGCAGGGCAGAUCACUCCUACUCGAGGCUUGAGGCAAGGCGAUCCACUAUCGCCUUACUUAUUUCUUUUAUGUGCAGAAGGCCUCACCGCCAUGCUAACUGAAGCUGUAAGUAGGAAGCCUAAAAUUUCCCACUUGUUCUUUGCUGAUGAUAGCUUUCUCUUCUUGCGUGCUACUGAGACUGAGGCAGCUAAUUUAACGGCUAUUCUACGGAGUUACGAGUCUGCUUCUGGCCAAGUGGUCAAUCUGCAAAAAUCCUCCAUUACUUUUAGCAGCAAUGUACAACAAAGGGCAAGUAGUCGUAUCUCUCAAAUCUUGGGCAUGACAAAGGUCGAGCAACCAGGCAGCUAUCUCGGUUUCCCUACUUAUAUUGGUAGAUCGAGAACAACUAUUUUUGCAGGCCUAAAGAGCAAGUUUUGGGCACGAAUAAGUGAGUGGAGAGAACAGCUGCAAUCUAGAGCAGGUCGCGAAAUUCUCAUAAAAUCAGUGUUACAGUCUCUCCCAACUUAUGUGAUGAAUCUUUUUCUUCUACCUGUAACUUUAUGCACAGAGCUGGAGCAUAUCUUGAAUAGAUACUGGUGGGGAGGAGGGGAAGAUGAUCAUAAAAUCCAUUGGAUGCAAUGGAGGAAGCUUGCGACCUCGAAGAAAGCAGGAGGAUUAGGCUUCCGAGCUAUGCGUGAAUUCAACCUGUCUAUGCUCGGGAAGCAGGGCUGGAGGUUGUUGACAUGUCCUGAUUCCUUGGCAACGAGACUCAUGAAGGCCAAAUAUUUUCCUCGCUGUAGACGAUUCAUCGGUGAUGGUCGCAGUACUGAAAUUUGGAAUGACCCAUGGCUCCCAGGUAAUGAGCAAUUCUAUGUCCAAUCGCCACGGCCUGAAGGUUGUACCCUUCAUUUUGUAAGUGAGCUAAUUGAUGAAGAGACAACCUCAUGGAGGAGGGAUUUGGUUCUCGAGACCUUCAAUGCACAUGAAGCCCAACUGAUAUUAGCAAUGCCGUUGAGUUGGAUGCGACGGGAGGAUAACUGGUUAUGGCAUUUCACCAAACAUGGCAGUUACACAGUACGAUCUGGGUACCAUAGAGCUAUUAAUAUGGCUAGAAAUCAUGCUGGGCCAUCUUCAUCCUCCACAAUCUUUGGCGGCAACCGAUUGUGGUCCUUAGACAUUCCAGAAAAGGUGCGAUUGUUUAUCUGGAGUGCUUACAAAAAUGUUAUUCCCACAAAGGACAAUCUUCACAAAAAGAGGGUAGAGGUGGAUUUAGAGUGUCCGAUGUGUGGUGUGGAGAAAGAAUUUGUCUUUCACUCCCUUUUGUCAUGCUCCCUUGCUCAUGCAGUGUGGUUAGGAUGCCCUUUGAACCUUCACGUCUCUGAACUCCAGGUUGAUGACUUUGCAAAUUUUUUUGAUAACACAACCUGCAUUUUGGGGAAAGAGCAACUUGAACUCUUUUGCUUGUUGUGUUGGAACUUAUGGAAUUGUCGAAAUGAUGCUCUAUGGAACAGAAAUGGCAUUAAUCCACAGCAAAUCAUCCAACAAACCUUGACUUUUAUGACAGAAUACAAGCAAUCUGUAUUAUCAAGAGGAAAGGUGCUGGCAGCUAUGGCAUGCAAAGUACAGGGAGCAGUGGAACCUGAAGUCGCUGAAGCCUGCAGUUUACGGAGAGCUCUUCACCAGGCUCAAUCCCUUGCAUUUGGAAGAAUUAUAGUAGAAUCUGACUGCGCAACCAUUGUGUCAGCAAUCUCCAGUGAAACCUUCAACAUGAACUACAGCUUAGGCCUCAUUCUUCUUGAUUGCAAAGCACUGUUAGCCUCUUUCGAGUCGUGCCGAUUACAACAUGUCCGCCGAACUACUAAUGCUACUGCUCACGAGCUUGCGCGAAGAGCACUUACUGCUAAGGCUGAUGAGUUUUGGGUGGAUGACAUACCAUUUCCCAUUGAGCAUAUUGUAACAGGAGAUCAAUCCCUUAUUUGAAUAUGUACUUCCUGUUUUUACAAUCUUAAUAAAGCUCGCAUAUGGCU